GAAAGCAAAGCGACGAAAAGGUUAGCCAAAUAUCCGGUUCCAUCCUCCCAGCUGCUCUGCUCUGCUCGCCGUACGGUCUCGCCCAUCACACACACAAGCAAACGUGCCCAUCGCGCCGGUGCCCGCCAUGGCCACGUUCUUGGGCAGCUCCCCGGCCUUCCUCGCCCGCCCCGCCGCCAAGCCGCACGUCUCGUGCGCGCCGCCCUCGCGGCCGCCCAGCGCCCAGCCGCCGUCCGACCAGCCCCCACCGCCACCACAGCAGCAGCCGCAGCAAGAGCCCAUGCAAGCGCAGGCGGCACCGGCGAGGGCGCCGGCGCCGAAGCGCGCGGCGACGUCGGCCGACUCGACGGACUGGGUCGCGUCGUCGCUGACCCGGCGGUUCGGCAUCGGCGCCGGGCUGGCGUGGGUCGGGUUCCUGGCCUUCGGCGUCGUGUCGGAGCAGCUCAAGACCCGCUUCGAGGUCGCGCAGCAGCAGGCUAACACCAAGGAUGUGGAGGAGGAGAAGGAGGUCGUCCUGCCCAAUGGAAUCCGGUACACCGAGAUGCGGGUGGGCGGCGGCGACGUGCCGCGGCCGGGCGACCUGGUGGUGAUCGACCUGCAGGGGCGGGUGGCCGGCGGCGGGGAGGCGUUCGUGGACACGUUCGGCGACGGGAAGCGGCCGCUGGCGCUCGUCAUGGGCUCCAGGCCCUACACCAGGGGGAUGUGCGAGGGCAUCGAGUACGCGCUGCGGUCCAUGCGGAACGGCGGCAAGCGGCGCGUGGUCGUACCGGCGAGCCUCGGCUUCGGCGAGGACGGCGCCGACUUCGGGGACGACGGCGUGCAGGUGCCCCCCGGGGCGACGCUGGAGUACGUCGUGCAGGUCGACAAGGUGUCCAUCGCGCCGGCGUGAGGCUCUCCGGCGUGCCGGACGUCAGUAGAUAGAUGAUCCACAUAUGCUGUUUCAGAUUGUGUUGGACGGCACUGCGUGCAGAUUCUAUUGCCAUGUCAAAAUUCUCUCAGAGCUUAAGAAGCUAAUCCUUCUUGCUGUAAUCUGAAUCCUGAUAAAUAUGAACUCAUGCAAGCUUCACAAACCA